AUGCCCUGCCAAAAUUUCGACUAUUGCUUCAACAACAACUCAGAUGAGCUCCGUGGAGACUCCAGAAAGAAAAUCGCCAUUGUUGGAGGUGGAAAUUGGGGAUCCGCGAUUGCUUGUGUUGUUGGAAAGACCGUAAAAGCCCAGGACGACGUUUUCCAGCCGAUUGUGAGCAUGUGGUGCAGAGAUUCCAGGAAGCCCGGAGACACCACCCCAUCAAUUGCCGAGACCAUAAAUGCAACUCAUGAGAACCCGAAAUACCUCCCGGGACGCCGAAUCCCAUCCAACGUCAUCGCCACGUCUUCACUUUUAGAUGCUUGUGAAUCCGCUCAUAUUCUAAUCCUGGUGGUCCCCCAUCAAGGAAUCCCUCAAAUUUGCUCAGAACUCCGCGGAAAUCUUCGAGACGGUGCUCACGCGGUCUCUUUAACCAAAGGAAUCUCAUCGACAUCUGAAAAUGACGUCAUCAGAAUGCAAUUGAUUUCUGAAGACAUUGAGAAGGCGCUGGGAGUCGAGUGUAGUGUUUUGAUGGGUGCCAAUUUGGCUGGAGAGGUCGCGGAUGGCAAAUUUUGUGAAGCAACGAUUGGAUGUAAGAGUUUGGAGAACGGAGAGGAGCUGAAGAUGUUGUUUAAUACGCCAAACUUCAGAAUUCGUGUCACAACGGAUUAUGAGGCCGUGGAGCUUUGUGGAGCCUUGAAGAACAUUGUCGCCUGCGCCGCAGGAUUCGCUGAUGGCCUAGGAUGGGCCUACAACGUAAAGUCGGCCAUCAUUCGUUUGGGACUCUUGGAGACCAAAAAAUUCGUAGAGCACUUUUAUCCGUCAUCCCAUCACACAUAUUUCGAAUCUUGUGGAGUCGCUGAUCUUAUCACCACUUGCUAUGGUGGUAGAAAUCGAAAAGUUGCAGAGGCCUUCAUUAAAAGUGAUAAGCCCCUUCACAUUGUUGAGCAAGAACUGCUGAAAGGACAAAGUGCACAAGGACCACCAACUGCUCAGGACGUCUUCGAAAUGCUGGAAAUUCAUGAAAUCACUGAAAAGUUCCCGAUUUUCACCAGUGUCCACAAGAUUUUCACUGGCGAGCAUGGCGAGCAAGAGCUGUACGAUUCGUUGAGAAAUCAUCCGGAAUAUGAUUAG